AUGGCACUGAUUCGUGGGUUAAGAGAAUCCUUCGAUUUGGGGAUCAGACAAGUCGUGGUUUAUUGCGAUGACCAACUGCUUUACCAAUAUAUUGUUGGUCGAGGGAAGAUUAAGAAGAAGGUUGUCCAUCUUGUGGACGAAUUUCAACUUCUUCUAGAAGAGAUGACCUAUACUGACGCUGAUUUGAUUGCCCUUAACGAUGUUAAUUUUGCUUUUAAACUUGCAAGAGAAGCCAUAGUUUCAAGGGACGAUGUGAAGGCAGAGAUAUGUAGCAUUUGUUUUGAAGAAACCGAGGGCGAGCGCAUGUUCUUUACCACGGAAAAAUGCGUUCACCGUCAUUGCUUUCCUUGUGUGAAACAGUAUGUGGAAGUGAAGCUCCUAAGCGGAACUGUGCCCACAUGCCUUGAUGAUGGAUGCAAGUUUAAGCUCACCCUUGAAAGCUGUAGCAAGGUUUUGACAUUAGAGCUGAUUGAGAUGUGGAAACAAAAGAUGAAAGAGGACUCGAUUCCCGCUGCAGAGAGAAUCUAUUGCCCAUAUCCAAACUGCUCAAUGCUAAUGUCCAAAACCGAGCUUUCUAGUGAAUCCGACCUAUCCAAUGACCGUUCUUGUGUCAAAUGUUGUGGACUCUUCUGCAUUGAUUGCAAAGUACCAUCACAUUCUGAUUUGUCGUGUGCUGAGUACAAAAAACUUCACCAUGACCCUCUAGUUGAUGAGUUGAAGCUAAAGUCUCUAGCAAAGGACAAAAAAUGGCGUCAGUGUAAAAUGUGUAGGCACAUGAUCGAACUUUCUCAUGCCUGCAACCACAUGACUUGCAGAUGUGGAUAUCAGUUUUGUUACCAAUGUGAGGUUGAAUGGAAGAAUGACCAAAAGACUUGCUCUUCUGGUUGCCUACUAACGGGACAUGGUUAUUAUGAUGAUUAUGAUUAUAAUGAACCGGAAUAUGAUUUUGAAGUAGAUACAUGUAAUUACUAUUCUGAUGAAGAAGCUAUGACGCGCCGAGAGAUGAUCAGGAUGUGGAAUACUGAGCAGUUUUUCAGUGAAGAAGAGAAUGCUGAUGGAAAUGAUGACAAUUGGGACGACUACAACAAUUAUGGCGGUUUAACUGUUUUCUGGAGGCUUUGA